AUGUGCGGUAUUCACGCCGUCAUCUCCCCCUCUUCUUGUUCAUUCCCCGAAAUCUCCCCGGAGUUGCACCAGAAUCUUGUCAACCGCGGACCGGACUAUUUCGGGCAGGUUAUGCGGGAAUCGUCGGGUGGGAGAUGGAAGUUGCGGUUUACGUCUACUGUUUUGGCUUUGAGGGGCGACCGUGUCACGAAGCAGCCACUGCAUGAUGACAGUGGGAGCGGGGGUGGGAAUGUGUUGUGCUGGAAUGGGGAGGGGUGGAGGUUUAUGGGGGAAGUAAUUGGGGAACAUGAGAAUGACGGGGAGGUUAUUUACCGAGAGUUGAAAGAGGCGAGGUCGGUGGAGGAGGUGAUGGGGGUUUGGAGGGGGGUUGAGGGGCCUUUUGCGUUUGUUUUUUAUUGUGAGGCGCUGCAAAGGGUGUUUUGGGGACGGGAUCGGUUGGGGAGACGGUCGUUGAUGGUGAGGAGGUUGGAGGGGGGAGGGGUAGUGUUGGGGAGUAUUGCGGAUGGGGAGGGGAAGUGGGAGGAGGUGGAGGCUGAUGGGGUUUAUUCUCUUGGGUUGGGAGAUGGGGUAGCGAGGAGGCAUGAUUGGGUUGAGGAGGGGGAGAACCUCCAUCGGGGUAUUUAA